GGCAGCUUCUGGUGCGUUUGCUAUUUCGUUAGCGGUUGUGCGGCACAUCCCGGCUCGCAAACUCUGAGCAUUUUCAGCACCAGGACCCUUUUAGUCUGGAGCUAUGAAGUCCCCCAAAGUGAAGUCCUCUGGCAGAGUGACUUUAAUUGAAGAUGACGAUUUAAACGAGGUGCUGUGCGAAUUUGAUGCCGUCAUUGCAGACUUCUCAUCUCCUUUUAACAAGAGGCGCUUCAGAUAUGAUGAGCAUCUCCAGACAAUGAAGAGGAGGAGCAGUGCCAGCAUCAGCGACAGUGGGAUCAGCGACUCAGAAAGUGGAGAUUCACUUUGUCGAAACAGUUUAAGCUUUAGUGAUGAAAAACUGAAUUCCCCAACGCCGUCUUCACCAGCACCGAGCUCUCCUGUUGACACACCCCGAAAAGCCAAACUGGGAGAUACAAAAGAGCUGGAAGACUUCAUUGCUGACCUUGACAGGACACUAGAAAGCAUGUGAAGAAUGCAUAUCAAGUAAAAUCUGCAGUGAACACAAGGCUGUACAUCCUCAUGAAGUAUGUAAUACAGAAGACAGAAGCUUCCAUCUUUUUAUUUUCUGAAUGUGGCCCAACUGCAUGAUUUUAGAAAACUGAUUUUUAAUACUGAACGUACAGUUGUGCUGUAUAUUUUUUUAAAUAUUGCUUAACGUGUAAUUUAAGAUACUUUUAUGAAAAUAAUUUGUAAUGUAUAGUUUAAGAAUGUACUGAAGCUUUGCCAUAUAUAUAUAUAUAAUAUAUAUUUUUGUAUACAAAUAAAACCUUGAGUUAACAAA